AUGCAUUCUUUAAUGUUUACCGCCCUCUCGAUACUUGGCUUGGUAGCCAGGGUACGCCCCGAGACCCAGUUCACCAACCCAGCGACGUGGAACGCCGAGGACGAUGACCGAUCCAACUACCAGGUAUACGAAGUGGGAGAUAGGAUACCUAUCAGGUGGACGACAGAUCGAGACAGAAUAAGUGUUGCGGUGUGGGAAAGUGGCGGAUCAGGACCUUUCCUCUGGGCCUGGGUCGAUCAAAACCUAACCGAGCGGUCUACAACAUGGAGGGUUGACUUUGGCAAUGGUCGCUUCGACACAGACAUUGGAGCAGAACAUGCCAGGUUCUGGUUCGCCCUUUACGACCCCGAAGACAUCAUAGACCGAUCUGCGGAUGGGUCAAAGAGCUUGGUCAACUCUGCUUCUUUCAACGUGACCGUUCCCGAUUACAAACCAGCUUCGGUGACGACGACAACCGAAGAGGCCACCACUUCAUCUCCCGCGACCGAGACCGAGACUGAAUCUGAGAUCACGAGUAUAAGCACAACGGCGACUUCCAGUCCGGCAGAAUCAGCUGGCUCGGAUGCUGCGGACAAGCAAGAAGACAAAGAGCCGGAUCUUUCAGCUGGAGCUGCGGCUGGCAUUGGAGUCGGUGCAUCAGUCGGUGGGAUCGCGAUACUGGCCGGCAUUGGUUUCUUCGUUUGGAGGCACUUGAAAAAGAGAAAGGAACACCAGUGUUCAGGACCGCCUCAAUAUUACCCACAGCAGUAUCAUCCGCAAACGCAGUACCCGCCAGGCCUGGCGCAGCUACAGAGCCCUCAGGUGAAAGCCGAGUUUCCCACUCAUUCUACAACCACUUCAACGAGCCAAGUAUACGAAGCGCCAUAG